GUCAGUGCAGGGAUGAAAGAGAAAAAUUAACGCAAAUGAGAAGACAAAGAUUACUGCACCUCUUCACUGCAUAGAUCCCUCUCUCUCUCUGUCUGGCUCUCUGUCACACGGUUUGUUAGUCGGUCAGAGACUCUCAGAAACCCCCUCUCUAUCUCUCUCUCUCUCUCUCGCUCGCUCUCGUAUGGUUUUUCGCUGAUAGCAAAGGUGGAGGUGUUGGGGGACCGAGUCAACUCGACUGAGUUAUGGGCUGUUGCGAAUCGUCCUUAUUGAAAGGACGGCGUCCAGAAGACGACAAGAACCGAUACCACCGCCAUAACUACAAAGACAACAGCCUGCUCGCCGUUCCUUCCACGACAAACGGCACAGAAGCCGCAGCAGCAGUCGCCGCGGGGCCCGGGGGAGUGCCGGGAUUCGCGGAGUUCUCGUUAGCCGACCUGAGGGCCGCCACCAACAACUUCAGUCCCGACCACAUCGUCUCCGAGAGCGGCGAGAAGGCUCCCAAUGUCGUCUACAAGGGCCGCCUCCAAAACCACAACCAACGCCGCUGGAUCGCUGUUAAAAAGUUCACCAAGCUCGCUUGGCCCGACCCCAAGCAGUUCGUCGAGGAAGCUUCGGGGGUUGGGAAGCUGAGGCACACGAGGCUUGCGAAUUUGAUUGGGUAUUGCUGCGACGGCGACGAGAGGCUGCUUGUUGCGGAGUUCAUGCCCAACGAUACUCUAGCGAAGCAUCUAUUCCACUGGGAGAAUCAGACAAUUGAGUGGGCUAUGCGUUUGAGGGUUGCUUUGUACAUUGCUGAAGCAUUAGAUUAUUGUAGUACCGAAGGCCGGCCGUUAUACCAUGACUUGAAUGCAUACCGGGUUCUCUUUGAUGAGAAUGGUGAUCCUCGACUUUCAUGUUUUGGGUUGAUGAAAAAUAGUAGGGAUGGAAAAAGUUACAGCACAAAUCUUGCCUAUACACCUCCAGAGUAUCUAAGAAAUGGAAGGGUGACUCCGGAAAGUGUUAUCUUCAGCUUUGGGACUGUCCUCUUGGAUCUUCUCAGUGGAAAGCACAUCCCUCCAAGUCAUGCUCUUGAUAUGAUACGGGGCAAAAACAUUCUUCUUCUCAUGGAUUCACAUUUGGAGGGCAACUUCUCCACUGAAGAGGCAACAGUGGUUUUUGAUCUUGCCUCACGAUGCUUGCAGUAUGAACCUAGGGAGCGGCCCAAUACUCAAGACCUUGUUGCAACACUUGCCCCACUACAAAAUAAACCUGAUGUUCCAUCUUAUGUGAUGCUGGGAAUCCCAAAGCAUGAGGAUGCACCUCCUACUCCACAACACCCUCUUUCUCCAAUGGGUGAUGCGUGUUCAAGGAUGGACCUCACAGCUAUCCAUCAGAUCUUGGUCAUGACACACUACAAAGAUGAUGAAGGAACCAAUGAGUUGUCUUUCCAAGAAUGGACCCAGCAAAUGAGGGAUAUGUUGGAGGCAAGAAAGCGUGGGGACUUGGCAUUUCGUGACAGAGAUUUUAAAACUGCAAUAGACUGUUAUUCCCAGUUCAUAGAUGUAGGAACGAUGGUUUCUCCAACAGUGUAUGCACGACGAAGUCUUUGCCAUCUCAUGUGCGAUCUACCGGAUGCUGCCCUCCGAGAUGCAAUGCAAGCACAAUGUGUCUACCCUGACUGGUCCACUGCAUUUUACAUGCAGGCCGUUGCCCUUGCCAAGCUGGAUAUGCACAAGGAUGCAGCUGACAUGUUGAGUGAGGCUGCUGGACUUGAAGAAAAAAAGCAACGAGGUGGGAGAGGGUCUUGAGAAGCAAACCUGUAUUUAUUCCUUGAUACAAUUGGCUUCCAAUUAAAAUUGUUGUUAUUGUUGUUGUAACAAAACAUAUGGGGUUUCUGUAUAAUGGAAAUUGGGAAUGUGGUUUUCUGUCUAAAAGUGUAGCAUAGAGAGCUCGAGAAACUUGAUCUCUUCUGCAUCAAGUGUUUUGCUAUUUUUUAUAAACUAAAUGAAAUAAUUAAUUGGUUCUUAAUGUA